UGGAAACUAUUAUUCCUCAAAACCUCACUAGUCUGCAAUCUUAAACAUUGGUUGGUUCAGGCUUUCAGCUAGCACGAGGUUCGCGGACAAUCAUGGCGACUGUCGGCAGUUGCACCGAUGAGGUUCUUGUAGAACAGAGCUCUCAUGUGAAGAAGUUCAUAUUAAACAGGCCAAAACAAUUAAAUGCACUCUCGUUUACAAUGGUAUCGCAGUUGUUGCAACAUUUCCUCACCUGCGAGGAGGAAUCUAACUUGAAUCUCAUAAUUUUGAAGGGGCAAGGAAGAGCAUUUUGUGCAGGUGGUGAUGUUGCUUCUGUAGUGCAUGAUAUUAAUAAAGGUAACUGGAAAAUAGCUGCAGAGUUUUUUCGAGUAGAAUAUAUCAUGAACUAUGUGAUGGCUACAUGCAGUAAAACUCAGGUUUCAAUUUUGAAUGGAAUUGUCAUGGGAGGUGGAGCGGGUGCAUCAAUACAUGGUAGAUUUCGAGUUGCCACUGAGAAAUCGUUGUUUGCUAUGCCUGAAACUGCAUUAGGUCUCUUUCCAGAUGUUGGUGCGUCAUAUUACUUAUCCAGGCUCCCAGGGUUCUUUGGCGAGUAUGUUGGUCUUACAGGUUCUAGGUUGGAUGGUGCUGACAUGCUGGCAUGUGGUCUUGCAACUCAUUUUGUUCCUUCAGUGAAUUUGUCUUUGCUGGAAGAAGCCCUUGAAAGAGCAAAUUCAAGUGAUCCAGUCGAAGUUUCCGCUGUUAUUGACAAGUUUUCUGAGGAACCAAGUUUAAAGAAGACAAGUGUAUACCAUAGAUUGGAUGUCAUCAAUGCAUGUUUCUCUAUGAGGACUGUCGAGGAAGUCAUAUCAGCUAUAGAAAAUAUGUCUACAAACAGCCAAGAUGAUUGGCUAUCUUCAACACUUCAGUCUUUGAAAACAGCAUCGCCCACAAGCCUUAAAAUAACUCUAAGAUCGAUAAGAGAAGGCAGGCUCCAAAGCAUUGGUCAGUGUCUUGUUCGUGAAUACAGAAUGGUUUGUCAUGUGGUUAAAGGAAAAUUCAGCAAGGACUUCUGUGAGGGUUGCAGAGCUAUAUUGCUAGAUAAGGACAAGAACCCUAAGUGGGAACCUUCGAGAUUGGAGCUGGUAAGCGAUGAGAUGGUGGACAGUUAUUUCUGUAAGGUGAAGGAUGAUGAUGAUCUUCAGGAUUGGGAAGAUUUAAAGCUUCCUCCCAGAUCAAACUUGCCUUCACAUGCCAUUGCUAAGCUGUAACCAUUGUUAACAAGGAAGGAAUCACA